AUGCAAGGGCAGAAGAGCCAGCCCUACGCCGUUCCUCGAGUGCUGGCCGCACACCGCUGCCGCUGUGGGCUGGGCCUGCGCCUGGGGCUGUUUCUGCCCAAGUCCUCACCGGGAAUCAUCAGGCCUGAGACGAACCCUCCCUCCGUCGGGAGCCCUCCGCCGGCCCCGGGCAAGAGAGCGAAGCGCCUGAGACCAGGUGGCAGUGGCUUUACCUCCCACGGGGACCGGCGGCUGCUCAGAACCGGGCGCUCUGGGCCCCGGCGGGGCGACGCUGACGCCCGGAGGCGAGGGCGGGGAGGCGGGCCCGGGACUCGGGGGCGGCCGGGGCGGGAGGGAGGCCCGGGGCGGCGGCGCGGGGAGCGGGGCCGGGGCAGCACCAUCUGGAGGGGCGGGAGCGCGCGGCCUCUGGGGGGCGGGCGAGCGCGCGGGGCCGAGCGGGUCGGGGGCGCCCGGCGGGGCGCGCAGGAGGAGCGUGGCGGGCUCAGCCCCGCGCUGCCCGAGCAGCAGCCGCCGCGCGUCGGGGUCCUGAGCUGGGGCCCGCAGCAGCUCCGCGGGCUGAGGCUCGGCGUGGAGGAGCGGGGCGGGGUGGGCGCGGCGCUGCAGGAGGAGGGCGGGGUGGGCCCGGCGCUGCAGGAGCGCGGCGGCCGCGGCCUCGAGCCCGGCCUGGGGGCGCUGUGGGGGCCGCCGGACGGCGCGGACCGGGGGCGCCCGCCGCGGUGGCCGGGCUCGGCGCGCUGGCCUGUGGCGCAGGAGGAGGGGCUGGGGCCCCGCGGGCAGCACCAGGAGAAGGGCGGGGGCAGCCCCGCGGUGCAGGAGCGCGGCGAGGCCCGGGCCGGGGUGCAGGAGCGCGGGGAGGGGAGCCCGCGGAGGCGGCCGCGGCAGCCCGAGCCGGAGGCCGGGGACGGCCCCCGCGAGCGCGGGGAGGGGCCGGAAAGUUCGGGCGAGUUGGGGGAGCGGCCGUGGGAGAGCGUCGGGCGGGAGGCGGUGGUCCUGGGGGCGGCCCCGGCGCGCCGAAGCCGCGCAGAGCUGGUCGGGAGGGCCCGGCCGGUGGGGCCCUGGGGGCCUGCGGGGGAGGGGCGCCUGGGGGUGCAGGAGGCGAACUGGCUUCCCGGGGUGCAGGAGGGACAGGUGGUGCGGGCUGUCCAGGAAACCUGUCUGCACGGGAAGGAGCCCCAGGAGGGGGAGGAGCCCCACGAGGGGCACAGGCCCCGGCGGCGCCGACGGCGGAGGAGGUGGUAGCUGGCUGGCGCGGCCCCGCGGUCUCUCCAGGACGGAAGGGAACGCAGGAUGUAGGGGCGUCGGGGGUCGGGAGCCGGAGCGUGCGGGGAAGCGGGGCGCGCUGGGAGCCACUGCUUGAGGGCAGGCCGCGGCCCGCGGGAACGUCUUCUGCUGUCUCAGCCUGGGCGUCGCCGAAGCUGUGUCUGCGGGGAGGCGGCGGAAGGCGCAGGAUGGAGUGCAAUGACGCCAUCUCAGUUCAAUGCAGCCUC